AUGCCCGACUCUAUCCCUGCUCCAAACAGUUCGUCUCUGCCUGCUCCCGAAUCUACAAUGAUCCAACAUCAGCAACAGCAACACGGUCAAGCAAGUGGUGGAGGUGCCUCCUCUAGUAUUGCUUCUUCUCAACCACCACCUCUGGCUCCUACUUCAAAUGAAGACAAGCUACGGUCGCAGCUGAUUCUGGAACCAUGUGGUGUGUUGGAUGCACUAUCUGCGUCGCAGGCCGAAGCUAUCGUUUCCACUGCUUCAUCUUGGAAGGUCUUCAAGUCUGGAUUUAUACUAAGAAAGGACGCUCCGAUAUCCAGUCUACCUGCUAGACCCCCUCCAGUCCAAACUGAAAAACCACCCGUCCCACCACCGAAACAACCACCAGUACCUUCUAAGAAAUCUUUUGAUUUGGAUUCAGAUGAAAGACCAAAUCCCCCCGAAGAUUGGACAAUCAUGUUUGCUGAAAUCAGAGGCCCAUAUUUGAUGUUUUACGAAAUCGACACGGCUGUAAGUCCGGCUGGGCAGGUUCCCCCGCCUUAUCUGCCGCCGUCACUAUAUAGUAAACCUGUGCCUCCUAUACCUAAAGGGCCAAAGUUUGCUUUGUUUAAUGCGGCAAAGAAGAAGGAAGGUAGUGGUGGUGCACCACCUACAAUUGGGAAAUACGAAGAUACCAUGCUGACUUUGGCUGAUCUCGUCGCUUCCCCACGAUUUUUGGUUAAUUACGUCGCCUUGCCCAAUGUCAAAGCUGACAUGAUAUCAUAUCGAUCAAGCCCAACCACUGUAGAUACUCAUCUUAUGCUGACUCUUCCUCAGAGUCUAGACAAGAUUCGAUUCGAACCUCUACAAGUAGAAGCUUCUCCUCUAACUGAAUCAUCACCUGUAUCGUCCCUCGCUAAUCUCAGAGCUUCUGAAAGCCAGAUGGGCCAAGUCGUCCAAUGGAUGACUGCUGUACAAUAUGUAGCUGAAAAGGGGAGAAGCACUACUCCUAUAGUAAUAGUCAACAGUAAACCAACCAUAGUACAGAAUGACGGUGGUAUACUCCCUCCUCCGAGAGGCUCAUCCACCAAGAUAACAGGCUCUCCUAUAGCAUCUCCCAUUGUAACCCAAAAUAUUGUCGCUCCAUUAGCUCCUCUGGUGCAAUCAGGACAUUAUAUUCCUUCAGAAGGUGAUCAUUUACAACCAUUUGUCCGUGAAUCAUCUCUACAACCAUCACGGGCCGCUGCUAGUCUACCACCGGCAAUCCCACAAAGGGUGUCCCCUGGAUUGCCUAGCAACAUGAUGGAUCCAUCAUCCCCGACUACACCUACUUCGCCUACGUCGCACAUGUCGUAUGCAUCAGUUUCACCAGGAGCAGUCAGUCCAAGCUCGUCAAAUAACAAACCCAAGAACAAAAUAUUUAGUGGAUUUAGUGGAUUUGCUGGGUCUGGCUUUGGCAGAGUCCCUAUUGAUCCAACCACAGAAGAGAAGAAGAUACGAGCUGCCGAAGAACGAGAACGGGAACGUAGAGCUGCAGAAGAACGAAAACGGGUAGCUGCCGAAAUAAAAGCUAUGGAAAAAGACGAGAAACGACUGAAGAAGAAGGAAAGCACUCGAGGCAUAAGAGAUGCAGCUGUUAUAUCGGCUGCUUCUAAGAUGAGUGCAGGUGUAUUGAAUUCAGUACCAAACUUUUUCAGGAUGGCUGGCGCCACUAGAAGAGAUAAUGCGAGAGACGACGAUGGUUUUCGUGGCUCUGGUAGUUUACGGCGUAUUGGACCUAAAAGAGAUAGUCUUUUAGGUGCCAAGAAUGGCAUGGAUUUAAUGGAUGGCGAAAUCCCAGUUAUUUUGAAGAAAUGCAUAAAACUAGUGGAAGAGAUUGGUAUUGAUACCGAAGGGCUUUAUCGUAUAUCUGGAUCCGCCGCUACAGUAGAUCGACUACGUAAACUGUUUGCUGCCGAUCCCGAAGCCAUUUAUCUCCCUGCUCCGCCAGAGUAUACCUCUCACGGGCAAGCCUUAUUAGACGAUGACUUAGGUGCGUCAUCAGCAUCUAAACAGGUUCAUCGUAAAAGCUCACGGUCAUCGUUGUCAGAUAUUCCACCAUUAGAAAAGGAAGUGACUGGUAGAAGCAGGUCGCAUACCAAUCAUAAUAUGGGUAGUAGUAAAAGCUUAUACGAUAAUGAUGUCCAUGUUAUUACUGGAGUCAUAAAGUCAUAUCUACGGGAUGGUAUACCUACUCAAAGUGGUAGAAGGGAGCCUGUUUGUACAUAUGAGUUAUACACUUCUCUUAUUAAUGCUACCCGACUGGACGAAUGGAGAGAUCGCAUGAUUGCAUAUCAGGAUUUGGUGCAUGAUCUCCCAGCAUCCAACUUUGCUACACUUAAGUUUUUAUGUGAUCACUUGUCGUUGGUAGCUGCACAUUCCGCUGCCAAUCGUAUGCCUGUAAAGAAUCUCGCCAUUGUAUUUGGUCCAACAUUAAUACGUCCAGCUCCCGAAGACGAGACUAUGGCUCGUAUGAUGACGGACAUGGGUGGUCAAUGCGCGGUAGUCGAAGCAUUGAUUGAGCAAGCUGAAUGGAUGUUUGGUCCUAUUGAAUAUGAAGACGAUGAUGAAGAGGCUUUAAUAACGGAAGAUGGCACUGGUGCAGUUGAAACUGACGCCACUGCUAUUGAAGAAUAUGCUGGUUCUGAAGGAGAACUCGCUCCGAAUAAUAAUAAGCUUGGAGGAGAGUUGGGAGAUUUAAAACAAGAAUCAUCUGAAGCUUUAAAAUCUGAUGGAGUGCUGGACAUUUCAUCACAUAUACCUUCAGAAGGCACAGCCCAAUAA